AUGUUACCAUUAAGUUUCAUAUUCUUCACUUGCUGGCUACUCAUUGUAGCAAAAGGAUUUAUAAUUGGAAUCGACCAGGAAGCUUGUAAUUUAGACGAAAGCGCCGUAGAAUUUUACGGAAGAACAGUCAAAAUGGCCCAAUUUCAAAUGAACCAAACCUGCGAAUUCCACCAAAACGAUUUGAUCAACUAUUUCGGGAAAUUAAUCGACAAACCCAGGGCGGUUAUGAAGGUUAAUUAUCUGGAAAAUACCAUGAAAUUGUUCGAUCACAAACAGGGAAUUUUCUCCAGACAUUCGUACUCUUACCUCGUGGUUUUUGUGGCGGACGGACGGGAAUUGGGGGAAUUUGUUGAAAAACUCGAAUGGACGAAGAGAAUAACGUAUUUGAUAAUAUUCACCACAGCUGAUAAGAUCAAUUGCGAUUUGCUGAUUGAAGGAAUAAAAUCGAGCCUAAGAACCCUAUCAAAAGAGCACCACAUAUUCAGGCUACUAGCGCACGCCCCGUGCCUCUGCCACCCGCAUCUCCUCUACCGUUACCAACCCUUCGCCAUCACCUCGCCGAACAACUUCGGCUCCAUCGAAGAGCUCCCGUUCAACGACACCUUCCACCUGAUCGGCCAGGCCCCCGGCCAACUCCUCGGACCCGUAAAAACCUUCAACCGGUGGCCCUUGAAGACCUCCGUCUUCCAGCGGCACAUCGACAAGAUCGACUUGAACAAGGUGUUCCGCGACGUCCCGUCCACGUGGAGGCACGGCUGCCUGAACCAAUGCGACGUCAACGCCCACAUUUGGAUCAACCUGGCCCGGUACCUCAACUUCACCAUAGCCACCGACGACGAUCCGGAGGCCUAUUACGGCACCUUCAACGACAACGGCCAGGUGACCGGCGUGCUGGGCAAGCUGGUGCGCCAGGAGAUCGACUUCGCCGGCAACUCGAGGUUCGUCGAUACGAGGAAGGGCAUCGAGUACACGGUGGCGAUUUACACGGAAGAGAUGUGCAUCGUGGUGCCCAAGUCGCCCAUGAAGCCGUCGUGGCUGGAGAUAUUCGGGUGCUUCGAUACCAAGGUUUGGUUGUUGAUUCUCGUCAUCGAGAUCAUCAGUUUGGGGUUCUGGUACAAGUUCCAAGAGUGCGGUUACUCUUGGAUGGUCGCUUUCGCCAUAUCCAUUACGGUGGCGGCUCCCUUGCCGAAGACGUGGAGAUUCAAGUACCUUCUGGUCGUUUUUAUGCUGUACAGUGUGAUUAUUUCGACGAUAUUCGAGGGUAAUUUGGUGAAAUCGUUCGGGACGGUGCAGUAUUACCCGGAUAUGACUCUCGAUGAUUUCAUUAACAGCGAUAUGAAAAUCCACACUUCUUACAUCCACAUCUUCGACGACUCAGGUAUGGAGAAAUACGAGAAGCUGAAGGCCAAGAUAGUGGACAGUACUGGUAGCAAAGUAUCGAGCGUCCAUAUGAUCGAAAAAGACAACAGACGAGCCGCUUUGAUAAGGAAAUCCGAUGCGAAAUUUCCCAAGAUUCUGUUCGCGGACGAUCCCAAGUUGCACGUCAUACCGGAAUGCCCCAGGAUGUAUUUGCUCGCCUUCGCCGUGCAGAAAAACUCCCCGUAUCUUUGGGAGAUCAAUAGGAGUAUGGUGAAAUUGAGCGAAGGCGGGUUUGUAGAUAAAUGGAAGAGGGACAUGUGGUACCGUGCGUUGUUAAAUCACAGUAAUGAAUCUAGAGAGGAUUUUGAAGGGGCGAAGGCGCUGCCUUUGCAUGACAUUGCCUAUGCUUUUUAUAUACCCCUAGGAGGGAGUUUGGUCGCUUUUGUUGUGUUUGUUUUGGAAUAUAUUAUUGCGAUAUAUGGGUAA